AAGUUACUCCAUAAAAUUCUAAAAUUUCCGUGAAUACCAAUUUCGUAACGCAGAAAAUGACAUUCACCCUGUCGACUGAUCCCUCUGACAGCUGAGUCGGCUGACGGGCAGACACCCCCAUUGGGUGUGGCGCCCUCCCUUUCUUGGGGUACAGCACUACAAUGUCUCUGGGGUCACUCAAACCCCCCACAACUGAGCCUCUUCAACUAGUCUUCUACUUUAGUCCAUCCUCUUUGGUCUCCAUCUCGAUUUUUCUCCCCUAACGAGAAUGGUGAUCUGCAAAUAUUUUCAACAGGGUAAUUGUCGUUUUGGACAGUAUUGCCGAUUCGAACAUAUUGGAACUUUUGCAGUGGGUGCUCAAGGUACACUGAAUAAACCAUAUGGAGAUGGUAAAAGUAUUGUGCUUGGAGUAGCUGAAGAAGUUCUAGCAGCCGAACGGGGUGGACAAUGGCUUCUUUCUUGCUUUGGACCCUUCAAAGAACAAGCCUGCAUUCCUGGUAUGGAAGAUAUAUCUCCAGACGAAGUACGAUGGGAAAUAUACCAAGCUCAGAAAAAUGGCACCGUUGAUCAGACAAAACUUCAAUUCCAACAGCUGUGUCGAGCUAUGACAAUCAAGCGGGAGGCAUUGAAAAAUCCCACUCAUGGGACCGCAGACAUGCUGGAAAAAUUGCAAAAGAUUCAACAAGAUUCUAGCUUCCCACCUCAAUCUAACUUCAUACUUUCCACUCCACAGUUGGGUGGAUCUAUAUCUGGAAAUGGUGUAUUCACCUCCAAAACAUUUGCUACUCCUCCAUCAGGAUCAUUCGGUGAAAAUGCCAAUCAAACAUCAAUUUCUCAAAUAUCAAGCAAUAUUUUUGCACGUUCCAGUAAUAAUGGUACGUCGUCGUUUGGAGGAGGUUUUGGCGCGGCUUCUACAUUUGGUGCUUUUGUCGGACCACAAGUGACAUCCAUUAGCAUUUUCGGGGGUGGCACAAAGAGUCAAACAUCAAAUUUUGCCAACUCUCAGGCAAUGCCGACUGGUUUUGGUUCCACUACAUCAGCCACCGCCACCGCCACCGCCACCGCCACCGCCACACCACCAACACCAGUAUCCCAAACAAAUACAUUGGCAUUCAAUACACCCAACAAUCAAAGUUUAUUCAAUACAAAUCAACAACAAAAAACGAGCAUUUUUCCAACAAGUCAAUCGAGUUCAGCAUUUGUCGGAGGAAAUGGUCAAAGUCAGGGAACAAAUAUAUUUGGAGGAGGUAUUUUUAAUGGACCAGCCUCGACGAGCAUUUUUGGUAACUCCAAAAAUACAGUAGCAUUCGGUAGUACUCCAACAUUUGGUGUGAGUGGAGGAGGAUUAGGAGGGGCGAAAACUUCAAGCAUUUUCGGUAAUCAGGGGAGCUUCACCAAUUCUGCAAGUCCUUUUGUUCAAACGACGGUACAGCAAAAUUCUUCUUUGGUCACAACAACCAGACCAACUACCAAUAAUUUUGGAACGUUAGCUACAUCAAGUACGAGUAACUUCACAAAUGCUCCCAAUAAUACUCUUUCUUUCGGAAAUGAUAAUAAUCCAUUGAAUUUGAGCGAUAAUGUUUCAUUGGGUAAAUUGGCAGCUGUUACUACUGGUGUUACGUUUGGGCAGCCGUUUCCCAUUACUUCUCUCGAUAAUUCACUCUCUGGAGUUUCUAAAGCUAAUGUUUCGACAUCUUUUGGAAACACCAUUGAGCCACCGGAAAAGUUUACUAAUAAUAGCAGUGGCCCUUUCAUUUCAACCACAAUACCACUUGCAUCUAAUAAUCCCUUUAUUACAAAAUCUCAAUUAUCCGGUGAUUCUUUUGGAUCAAAACCAUUUUCUGGAGGUACCAAUGACGAGUCUACUUUGAAUGAGAUGACUACAAUUUACAGCACAAACGAAAAUCUUUCUGAUAAUGAUAGGGAGAUGUUUCUUGCAGAAAGCUUUAUAUUGAGUAAAAUACCAAUAAGACCACCUACCAUUGAACUCCGAUAGAAGCUAAAGCGUUAAUUCUUCAUGGACGUGCGCCUUUGGGGACCCGAAGACUUGUUAUAAACAUUUCCUUGGUUGUUUUACAAUAAAAUUAUUGCAAAACAACCUUCAAAUUCUCACACCCUUUCACAACCUUUCACUCAGUAUAGUGAAUAAUGAAUAGAUGACACCAUGCAAGUAAAAAAAAAUGCAAUUACGAACCUAUUUGGCUGAUUGUAUAACAAUUUGUAAACAAUUGAAUGACAUGCUUGCCAAUUAUCUCCAAUGACAAAUUUCCAUUUAUAUAUUUUGCAUAUAAAUACAUAUUUAUUUAUAAUAGAAUAAUAAAAUUGAGAAAAUAACCACACUGUAUUUACAGCAUUGCAUAGGGAAAAAAAAAUGUAACUGUAUUGUUAUUAUAUAUUUUUACUUGGACUUAUAAUAAAUAAGAGCUAGGAAUGAGUAUUGAUUGGCGAUAAAAACUUAUGAAAUUCUGAGAUUGUUAAAAUGGAUAAAAAUCAUGAAGGCAGCUUCAACAUCGUCUUGAUAAUCAAACAAUCCAGCAUUAAUACAAUGAAAUUUUCUUCUAAUUUUUACUGUAUUUGUCUCUCGAUUUUUUUGAAAUAUACUAUGAAAAUUCCAUUUUACAAACGACUAAAAUGAAAAUUAGGAUUUUCAAUCAUAAAAUAAAGUCAUAAAAUCCUAAAUUAUCAUACUAGUUUUUAAUAUGAAUUUUAAUAAUUUGGCAGUGAGAUAUUUCGAAUGAACAUGAUAAAACUGAAGAAUCGGCAUUUGGUGAUAGUUUUAUAUUUAUAUUGGGUAUUUUUUAUUAUUGUUGUUGGCAUUAAAAAAGUGCACAUUCAAGUGUGCAAACUUUUAUCUCUCAAGGAUCAUUCAUCAUCACUUAUAAAUUUUAUAAUCAAUAAAAUGCCACCUUAUACUGUCUUGUU